CGGAAUCGGGCCGGACCCCGGCGCUCGGGGGUGGGGUGCAGGCGCCCCUGUAAAAUGCCAGUUGGAUAAAAGGAGGACCUCGCGCCAAGGGCCCCAAUGAGUGGCACACAGCCGACUAUCACCGACAGAUCGAUGUAAUCAACUAUCAACAUGGCCCUGGACAACUGAUGGUGACCUUGAUUGUCUGAUGAAAGCAGUGUUUGUCAGUCUUACUUCCUAUGAAGUGUUGCAGUGUUCUGGUAGGAAUAUCCUAGUUAGGUUUCCCCUCAAAAAACCUAUAAGACAUGGAAGUAUUUUGAAUCGAGAGUCACCAACAGACAAGAAGCAGAAAGUUGAGCGCAGUUCAUCACAUGAUUUUGACCCCACAGAUAGCUCCUCCAAGAAGACAAAGUCUAGUUCAGAGGAGAGUAGAUCCGAGAUAUAUGGUCUUGUUCAGCGUUGUGUGAUCAUCCAGAAGGAUGACAAUGGAUUUGGGCUGACGGUCAGUGGAGACAAUCCAGUCUUCGUACAGUCUGUGAAAGAAGAUGGAGCAGCCAUGCGGGCUGGAGUACAAACAGGUGACCGAAUCAUUAAGGUGAAUGGAACUCUGGUGACUCAUUCAAACCACUUGGAGGUGGUGAAACUAAUCAAAUCUGGCUCCUAUGUAGCUCUCACUGUUCAGGGACGCCCACCUGGGUCGCCCCAGUUUCCACUUGCGGACUCUGAAGUAGAGUCAUCCGUCACUGGACAUAUGUCUCCGAUCAUGACAUCAUCCCCGCAUUCACCUGGAGCAGCAGGGAAUAUGGAGAGAAUUACCAGUCCUGUGCUCAUGGGGGAGGAAAACAAUGUGGUUCAUAACCAGAAAGUAGAUAUUCUGAGAAAAAUGUUGCAGAAAGAGCAGGAACGGCUACAGUCAUUGCAGGAAGAUUACAACCGAACACCUACCCAAAGAUUGCUAAAAGAGAUCCGAGAGGCCAAGAAACACAUUCCUCAGCUGCAAGAGCAGUUAUCCAAAGCCACAGGCUCUGCUCAGGAUGGAACUGUAGUUACACCCCCCAAAUCCUUAGGUGACUCGCUGACAGGCAGUGAGGCAGAAGCAGAUUCUGGUGAUGGACUAGGCAGAGUUGACUGCAGCAGUGGAGAUGCUUCCCGGCCCAGCAGUGACAGUGCAGAUAGUCCCAAGACUGGCCUGAAAGAUAGAAUUUAUCCAGAAGAAAUCCAAGAAAAAAGUGAAAUAAUUCAGGAAACUGACGCUCACUCACUUAGCGGGAGUCCUGCAACUCGGGUGGCUCCCCAUAUUAUUGGAGCAGAGGAUGAUGACUUUGGUGCUGAGCAUGAACAGAUCAAUGGCCAGUGCAGCUGUUUCCAGAGCGUUGAACUGCUGAAGUCACGUCCUGCUCACUUGGCUGUUUUCUUACACCAUGUAGUCUCACAGUUUGACCCUGCAGCUUUGCUCUGCUAUCUCUAUUCAGACCUGUAUAAACAGACCAACUCCAAGGAGACACGACGUGUCUUCCUUGAGUUUCACCAGUUCUUCCUGGAUCGAUCUGCACACCUGAAAGUUUCUGUUCCCGAUGAAAUAUCAGUCGAUCUAGAAAAAAGAAGACCUGAACUAAUUCCAGAAGACCUACAUCGCCAUUAUAUCCAAACUAUGCAAGAAAGAGUCCACCCAGAAGUUCAGAGACAUUUGGAGGAUUUUCGGCAGAAGCGUAGUAUGGGGCUGACCUUGGCUGAAAGUGAACUGACUAAGCUCGAUGUGGAGCGGGACAAGGACCGAGCAACUUUGGAGAAGGAGCGGGCAUGUGCAGAGCAGAUAGUUGCCAAAAUUGAAGAAGUGUUGAUGGCUGCUCAGGCCGUAGAAGAAGAUAAGAGUUCAACAAUGCAGUAUGUCAUUCUUAUGUACAUGAAGCAUUUGGGAGUCAAAGUGAAAGAGCCACGGAAUUUGGAGCACAAGCGGGGCCGGAUUGGAUUUCUCCCCAAAAUCAAGCAAAGUAUGAAGAAAGACAGGGAAGGUGAAGAAAAAGGGAAGCGAAGAGGGUUCCCAAGCAUCCUGGGUCCCCCAAGGAGACCAAGCCGUCAUGACAACAGUGCAAUUGGCAGAGCCAUGGAGCUACAGCAGAAGCAGCGCUACCCUAAGCACUUAUCCACACCAUUAUCUGUGAGUCCAGAGCCCCAGGACUCUGCUAAGUUCCGCCAGGGUGGACCAGCAAGUGAAGGAGCAGACAUUGGAUACCUGCCAGCCAAUUCCAUGUCCUCCUUGGCUUCAGGGGCUACUCUCUCCCAGGAAGGAGGGAAAGAGAAUGAUACAGGAUCAAAGCAAGUUGGAGAGGCACCAGCAUCUGGAGACUCCUUAGAUGGUGCACCUCGUACAUCCAAUACUUACUUUGAUUUCCCAGCUCCUCCAUUAGAUCAAGUGCAGGAGGAGGAAAGUGAAGUGGAAAGGGUAGCUGAACAUGGAACACCAAAGCCCUUUCGAAAAUUUGACAGCUUAGCCUUUGGAGAAAGUCAAAGCGAGGAUGAACAGUUUGAAAAUGACUUAGAGACGGACCCACCCAACUGGCAACAGCUUGUUAGUCGAGAAGUGUUAAUGGGACUAAAGCCUUGUGAGAUCAAAAGACAGGAAGUAAUUAAUGAAUUGUUCUACACUGAAAGAGCUCACGUUCGAACACUGAAGGUUCUUGACCAAGUGUUCUAUCAGCGAGUGUCCAGAGAAGGGAUUUUGUCACCUUCAGAGCUACGGAGAAUUUUCUCAAACUUGGAAGAUAUUCUUCAACUUCACAUUGGAUUGAAUGAGCAAAUGAAAGCUGUUCGAAAGAGAAAUGAAACCUCUGUUAUAGAUCAGAUUGGAGAGGAUUUGCUGACCUGGUUCAGUGGACCAGGAGAGGAGAAGUUGAAACAUGCUGCUGCUACUUUUUGCAGUAACCAACCUUUUGCCCUGGAAAUGAUCAAGUCUCGUCAGAAAAAGGAUUCUCGAUUCCAGACUUUUGUGCAAGAUGCUGAGAGCAAUCCACUGUGUCGCCGCCUGCAGCUGAAAGAUAUCAUUCCCACCCAAAUGCAGAGACUAACAAAAUAUCCUCUCUUAUUGGAUAAUAUUGCCAAAUACACAGAAUGGCCGACUGAAAGGGAGAAAGUGAAGAAAGCUGCAGACCACUGCCGCCAGAUCUUAAAUUAUGUGAAUCAGGCUGUUAAGGAAGCAGAAAACAAACAGCGCUUAGAAGACUAUCAGCGUCGCCUUGAUACCUCCAAUCUGAAGUUGUCAGAAUAUCCAAAUGUUGAAGAGCUCAGGAAUUUGGAUUUAACAAAAAGGAAGAUGAUUCAUGAAGGACCAUUAGUUUGGAAAGUAAACAGAGAUAAAACUAUUGACCUCUACACACUGCUACUGGAAGACAUCCUUGUACUGUUACAAAAGCAGGAUGACAGACUUGUGUUAAGAUGUCACAGUAAGAUUCUGGCAUCUACAGCUGAUAGCAAACACACAUUUAGCCCUGUCAUCAAAUUGAAUACUGUGCUGGUUCGACAAGUGGCAACAGACAACAAAGCUUUGUUUGUCAUCUCCAUGUCAGACAACGGAGCCCAGAUUUAUGAACUGGUGGCCCAAACAGUUUCUGAAAAGACUGUCUGGCAGGACCUCAUAUGCCAGAUGGCCGCGUCCGUGAAGGAGCAGUCCACAAAGCCGAUUCCACUGCCACAGUCGUCGCCCUGCGAAGGAGACCAUGAUGAAGAAGCGCCUCCAAAAUUAAAAGUGGAGCAUCACGGCAUUUCAGUCUCUGGUAUGCAGUCUUCAGACAGAGAUUUGGGAUUAGAGUCUUCCUUAAUAUCAUCAAAACCUCAGUCUCAUUUACUGGUCACCUCUGGGAAAUCAGAGGUAGACGAUCUCUUUGUGGCUGAGCAACAGUUUGCAAAGGAGCAGCACGCAGAUGGGACUCUGAAGGAAGCUGGAAUGAAUUAUCAGAUCACAACCCCAGAUCCACACUUGCCUGUCUCAGAGGAACGGUGGGCUUUGGAUGCACUAAGGAAUUUGGGUUUGUUGAAGCAGUUGCUGGUACAACAGCUGGGCUUGACUGAGAAGUGUGCUCAGGAGGACUGGCCGCAUUUCGCAGGACACAGGACAGCCUCUCCAGCAGCUCAGGCAGAUGGUGGAACCCAGAACUCUGAAAAUGUUAAGACCUGUCAUCCUGGGGAAGGACCGGUGCCCUUCAGAACUGGAACUGAUGACCCCACUUGUUACAGUCCACGGACUUCAACUGAAUCUUCUGCUCCAGCGGAUUUGGUGGCACUGGCAUUCCAAGAAAGCCAGGGGAGUAACAAUUUACUAAUGGACCAUGUGAUCACGGCCCCAGAGGUGCCUCCUGCAGAGCCAGAAGGGGGUCUUGAUGAGAGUGGAGAGCACUUUUUUGAUGCCCGUGAAGCACACGGUGAUGAUAACCCAUCAGAAGGUGAUGGAGCAGCUAAAAAAGUAGAGAAAGAUGUUAAUUUACGCAUCUCAGGAAACUAUUUGAUCCUUGAUGGCUAUGAAACAGUGCAGGAGAGCUCCACAGACGAGGAGGUUGCUUCCUCGGUUCCCCCACAGUCCACGACAGGCAUCUCCUCCAUGGACUCUACCCACCAGCACCAGCAUUCUCCUCGGAAUGCUCAUUCCGAUGGGGCUGUUUCACCGUUCACCCCAGAAUUCCUGGUCCAGCAGCGUUGGGGAGCUAUGGAGGACUCCUGCUUUGAGAUCCAGAGUCCUUCCUCUUGUGCAGAUUCACAAAGCCAGAUCUUGGAGUACAUUCAUAAGAUAGAGGCUGACCUUGAACACUUAAAGAAGGUGGAGGAAAGUUACACCAUUCUUUGCCAAAGGCUGGCUGGCUCAGCCCUCACAGUCAAGCACUCAGAUAAAAGUUAGAGCUGAGAAUCCUGGAGGUGACUGAAGGUUGUUGGAUUGUGAGCAUCGACUUGGUAGCACCACAUCCUGGCUCCAGCGUGGACGCAGAGAGAGUGUGUGACAGAGGAUCUGCCUGUGAACCCCCUGGGGUCAGCCAUGUCCUGGGGCAGCCUGAACGGGACUAGUUCUUCACAGUCUGGCAGCUGCACUAGUCUGUCAGUGAGGGGACGGACAGCUGCUGCUCUCUCACUCUGCUCUCCUCACUAUUGGAAAUGUAUUUUGAUUCUGAACAAAAACCAAAUGUAUAGAGCUUUGGGUGUAGGAUAUGAAAUUUUACUUAGACUUAAGAAAAAGAGAAAAUCAGAUGUAUUUAUUUGACUUCAUUCCUUAUUUGAAAGCACAUUUUAAUUUUUUGUCAUGUUUUGUUUUAAUUAAGUAGAGGGAGUUUUAGCCCUUUGUAUUUAGUGCACCCAAGGACCAGCUGCUCCCGAAGCAAAGAGGUCAGGCUGUGGGGUGUUAGGGGGUUGGCAGCAAGGUGGAGAAGAGGAGGUGGGAGGGGGAAGAGCGUCUUGCCUGCACCGGACUACUUACUCUAUCCAGGAGGCUGCUGCUCAGAGGGCCACACAAAGGUGGAGUCUGCGCCUGGCUCUUGAGUGCAGAGGAUGUGAGCUGUAUGCUCCCCGGGUGUGUGGACAGGUAGGCUUUCUCACACCAGAGGCAGCACCUCGCUCUUCUCACCCGCAAUUAACAGGAAUCCUCACUGUACUAAAUAACAGGCACUUGAAAAUGGGUGUGUUUUCUUCUGUUGCCUUCUUUUCUGUUGAGGGCUGGGACUUGGGAGGGAGAGGAAAGCAAACUUUAUUUUCUUGACUAUAAAUUUGUUAUUCUUGGUAUUGUUUCAUUUUUAUAAGUAUACAUUAGACUUUGGCACUUGUGUUAAAUUAUCCCUGCAGAUUGAGCAGGAAGCAAAAAAAAAAAAAAACUAGAAAAAAUAAAACAAGCAAAUGGAGAUGCUUCAGAUGGUGGCAGGGGUGGGAGUUGCUGAGGAAGGGUGGGAUGGGAGCGGGUAAAAGAGUUCAGGAAGGUUCUCUAACCGAAUCACUACUGAGUUGAACAAUGGCUGCCGUCAGCCCCAGGUACUGCUGAUUAUAAGGCCAGUAAAAUUUUAGUACCUGGAAGUUUGACUCUGAUUUUUGCACUGAUGGUGCCAAAGGACUCUUGGAGUUCAAAGGAAAGCCAAGAGUGGAGUGGAGUGGAGAGAAAUGUGGAGAUGACAGAGUUGCUCCAACCAGCUCCAGAAGUACUUCCUCUGACUUCACUGACUGCUGGAGCCUCUUCCACACUGGUGCAUGGCUGACCUUAAACGUUGCAGACCAGAACGUACACUGGAUACUGCAGGCAAGGUGUUGGUAACUGCCUGCUCUGGAAUGAAUAGUAGUAUUGGCAGCACCCUACAGAGGAUAAAUGUUUCAGAACUAGAACUUGAGAACUCCCCCAAUUAUGUCUACUUUCCAUGGGUUUUCUUUAUGCAACAGGUAUAUAUUUUUAAGUAUCUUUGCCAACUUAAAUAAUUUGUCAAAUUUUAAAUUUUUGUUAGUAUUCAAAGAGUUCACCCAUUGCUUAUCUUAGAAUAAGUAGUGCCCUCUGAAUUCUGUGGGUAGUCAGGUCAUAUAUAUAUAUAUGGCAUUUAUGUCCUCCCAUCACAAUAAUAAGGAUUCCCAACAACUUCUGUAAGCACCACUAUAACUUAGCAAGCUCAACUAUAUCCAGAUAUCUGCCUCUUCAAAACUGAUUGUAUGUGGACCAUUGGACCUCACCUAUAAAUUAGAAUUUUAUUUUGAGUCAUAGACCAAGUAUAAAUUAAAUCAGCAUGGGAUUAAAAGUCUUUAAAGCAGAAACUAAUAUAUAAGUGAAGCUUGGAACUUGAACUUUCUGUGUCUCUCAAGGGAAACCAAAUGGUUACACUGUGCUGCUGGAAAUGAUGUAGUCGCCCCGACUGGAAGGGUUACACACCUGUAGCCACUUGACACUAAUGCCGUCAGCGGGCAGUAGCCAGGAGAAAGGUAAAUAGAAACAGAACUUUCAUCUGAACUCCAGACACUACAGGGUAAUUACAUAAUUCUCUAGCACUCGAUUAGAAAGCUUUGUCAGUUAGCAGUUUUGGUUUCUCUCCUAGUUUUCUCGGCCAGUAGCUUGUCCCUGGCAACUGUUUGCUUUUCUUUUCCUGUAGUUUAACCUCUCCUUGGAAAUAAUAGCAGGGCUAACUGGAAAAAAUAAUGUGGCCACAGCUCUAGUAAUUCCAGAUAAAUUCAUAUUUAGCUUUCCAAAAAAGAACCCCUCGAAAUAAAAUCUAAUUCUGGAAAGAUUGAGGCCCACAUUUUUACCUCCAUUGCUGCGGCUUAACUGCUGUGGGCUGACUUGUUCAGAUGGGAAAAGACACUGACCACAACACUGAAGCUUCCCCCAGACACCAACCUGAGUCCCACAUGACAGUUUUGCUGGCCUGAGUAUUAUUUUGAAGCUAACCUGCCUGCCGUCUUCCCUUUUCCUUCCUAGUCUUGAGUUUUCCCCUCUUCUAUUUCAUUGUGGCCAUCAUAACGGCAUCAACUUUACCUUGGCCUUCGUUUCAGCAUGACGGAAUCAGAUAGCAAUUCUGUCCCUGUAUGAUGCUGCUUACCAUCAAAGCCCUUUCCUCAGAGUGAUGUGACUAGGGGCCAGAAUCUAUUUCCGUGUGGAAGGACCCUAGGACAGUGGGUAAAAAUCCCCCUUGCCAGAGCAGGGGAGCUGGGUUUUAGUUAUUCAAGUGGCCUGUGGUGGCCCUGUCUGUGCGACACUCUGUGUGCUCCUGUGGGCCUAGUGGCUCCUUUGCUGUUAAGUGGCAAGUUACGUUUGAAGUGGCUCCUUCCAUUUCACAGAACAGAAUUAACGGAGGCAAAUCAGCAAGCCCCCAAAGUGCUAUAAUUUAAAAAUCAUGAUUCCUGCCCUGGAAGCCAUAUGUUUUGCAUAGUUAUAUCAGUUACCUUGGACUAUGUGAGUUAACCUUUAGAACCUGCACUGUCACUAUUAUGCUGCACUGCACAGGAGGUAUAUUUCAUAAGCUUUUGACUUUUCCACCAACAAACUUGUGAUGGCUAUUAAAAAGAUGAUUCCCCUUUAAAAAAUGCUUUGUAUUUUUGGAGGUGAGAACUAGUUAGAUAAUACAAGAGAAAAGCCCAUUUUGCCAUAUUUUUAGAUGGUAUUAACUUACAUACUUUUAUUUUGGUUUAUUACAGGGAGCCUCUGUAUUUCAAACUGGGAGCUCCCUUCUCUGAAGGUGGCAUAUAUGAUACCAUCCUGAGCUAGUAGGGCUGUGGUCAGUAUCUUUUUCCCAAUGGCACGGGGGGCACCAUUGAAAACUGUGCAAAGGAUCUCAACACAAAAUUAACAGGACCUUCCUCUGUUUUAUUAUCUUUGUUUUGAAAAUUGUGUUUUUCCCCUCUGACUUGUUCACCCCUUUACAGAGUGAUCUGCAAAAUUGUUCUUUCCUCAAGCAAAAGUUCCUUUUACCUUGUUUCAUAUGCUUUCCCCAUUGGUACUGAUGGCUUGGAAAAUAAAUUGGUUGAAAAAGUAAAUAAACCUUCUAGAAGGAAGCCCUGUCCACCAUUUCCAGGUGCCAACUGCUACGCAGAUGUUCCACAAAAAUGAUAACUGUAAUGUGCACACUGUUGGUUAUUUUUAAUGAGCCUCUCUUCCUACUAGACCUUUUUAUUUUCUUGUUCACCAUACAAUCAUGUACUCUUUAACAGAAAUUACUUUUAAAGAAAAUCUGGAACUAUCUUUAAAAAAAACUUUAUUAAUAAUGUAUUUUUACUGAUCACACUUUGAAAUGCCUAAAAGACUUUAUUGUUCUAAUUAUCCAGAUGUACCUUUGUAAAAUAGCUCUUUUAUGAAUUAGCUGAUAAGGCUGUUUCUGGAACAAAAUAUUGGUUAUCUAAAACCUUUCUGUUUUCUGGGGUCUGGGAAAAUAGAAGAUGAGAGUUCAAAUAUUAAAUAUACUUAAAGGAA